AUGGCCGGCGUGCAGCAGGGCGAGAAGCAGCUCUUCGAGAAGUUCUGGAGAGGCACCUUCAAAGCCGUGGCCACGCCGCGACCCGAGAGCAUCAUCGUGGCCAGCAUCACCGCCCGCAAGCCGCUGCCCAGUGGGACGCUCAGCUGCCUGCCAUACCCUGCGGAGGACAGACGGCCCGAGAAGCUGAGCAGCUGUGUGGUCAGGGAGCCCGCCAGCGCCAAUGGCUGUGCCAAGGGGAGGGACAGACGAGACCGUGCCCACCGCAGGUCACGCAGCCAUUCGUGUGACGGGGAGCGGCCGCUGCCGGCUCGGGGGAAGAAGAAGAAAAAGAAAUCCGGUCGCAAGAAGCGAAGGAGGUCUCCCUCCUACAGCCCUUCACCUGUGAAGAAGAAGAAGAAGAAAAGCUCCAAGAAGCGAAAAAGAAACAGGUUAUCAUCAAAGAAGAGAAGGCACAGCUCUCGUGGGCGCACCCGGAAAUCCCAUCGGCAUCGCCGCUGCCACUCUCGCUCAGAGAGCUCCGACUCCCACUCCCCCAGCUGCCGGAGCAGGCACAGAGCCAGGUCUCGGGAGGAAGGGCGUAAAACACGGCGAAGACACUCCUGGCACCAUUCAAAGAUCACGGCAAAGAGAAGCUCCUCUGCUGAGGUUCAGGCCAGUCAAAAAGCCAGCCAAACCCUCCCACUCUACAGCUUCCUGUCUUCUAAGGAAGUAAUCUCUCAGUCAGGGUCUUCUGCUGACCUCUUUACCAAAACAGACAGCCCGCCUGGCAACCUAGCCAGCCAGAAUGGAGAGUAUCAUGAAUAUGACUCAGGAAACGAUACUUCCUCCCCUCCCUCCACUCAAACGAGCUCAUCCAGGUCAAAGGACAGCCAGGAGAAAAGAAGUCUAGUCCAUGAUGGCUUUGGCCAUGCCUUCUCGUCCGGGAAGCCCAAACUGGCCAACAGCGAUAACAGCUCUGAUUCAGGAAAUUCCUUCACCAGUUGCUUUUCCCAGACCAAGGGAACAGCUUUGGAAAAUCUGUCUCCAGAUGCCCAGGGACAAGACCGAAGAGCGUGCCUAUCCUCAUGUCUCAGUUCCUCAGAGGAGAAGAAGCGAAACUUCCUCCCCUCACCAGCCCACAGCUCCCCGCUCAGGCCUGGCUCCCGCAGCGACUCCUACACCAGCACGGGCAGGUCCUCCCCCGGCUCCAGCCGCUCCCGCUCCUCGCACCACAAGGCCUCUCCCAGGUACUCCCGAAGCAGGUCCUGCUCCUCGGGAAAGAGGUCCUCCACACGUUCCCCCAGCUAUUCCUCCAAAUCCUGCAAAAAAAGUCCUGGGAGUAGAAGUUCAAGGCCUCGCCGGAGCCCCAGUUACUCCCGCUACAGCCGUAGCAGGGACCGCGAGCGGGAGCACAAGUACAGCUCCAGCGAGAAGGAGUCGCACCGGGAGCGGCAGCGGCGCCGUCGCUCCUAUUCCCCCCUGAGGAAACGCCGGAGAGACUCUCCCAGCCACCUGGAAGCUCGGCGCAUCACAAGUGCCCGCAAACGCCCCAUCCCCUACUACCGUCCCAGCCCCUCCUCCUCCAGCAGCGCCGGCAGCUAUUCCUCCUGGUCCAGCAGCUUCAGCCGCUCCCCGAGCCGCAGCCGGAGCUACUCCAGCUACCGGACGAGCCGGAGCCGAAGCUGGAGCAGCAGCCGGAGCUCGGGCCCCAGGAGCAGCCGCAGCAGGAGCAGGAGCUAUGACUCAGGAGCCAGCUCCGACAGCCUGCGUCGUUAG